AUGCGCACUGCAAAUACUCAAAGCUUACACACAAGCAACAAAAAAGCAAUGCGACCAUUUCCCUUGCAUUUUACUGGAUUGAAAAAAGGAAGUGAAAUGUUUGCAGCAAUGAAUCGUCACAAUGGUAGACAAAAUUGGGGUAUAUGGCAUGAAGAAUCUUACUUAGAUUUUUUUGACAAGACUAAAUUAAUUUAUCUCACAAGUGAAUCAGAAAAUGUACUCGACACUCUUGAACCUGGUGCUGUUUAUGUGAUUGGAGGUCUCGUUGAUUUUAAUCGCCAUAAAAAUCUUUGUAAUAGAAUUGCAUUAGAAAACGGUAUUAGAACAGCAAGACUUCCUUUAAGUGAAAAUGUAGUCAUGAAAAACAGUCCCGUAUUACCGAUUGAUCAAUGCUUUGACAUCAUACUUGGAGUUUCACAAGGAAAAACUUGGCAAAAAAGUAUAAUGGAUGUUUUAUCAUAUCGUCGACUGCUUGCACCUACAAAUAAUGUACAAACUCCAGAAAGUAGUAAAAAUGAACAAUCAGGUAUCGUUAGUGGUCCUAUUAAAAUGGAAAGUGAUAUGGAAAAAGCAUAUGAAAAUGAACAAUCAGGUAUCGUUGAUGAUCCUAUUAAAUCGAAAAGUGAUAUGGAAUAUGCCAGUGAUAAACUUCGUUUUGAGGAAGCACGAAAGAAGUUGAAUCAAGCAGUUAAAAUGGAUUCAAGUGAAAUGUUCAAUUAA